AUGCACUUCUUCCUUCGCUUCCUCAUUCACCUACGUUAUUCUCCUAAUGUUUUUUUUAUUCCUUACUUAAAUUCUUGUGAUAAUAUGCGAAACAUCAAAUUUUAUUCAAAUUUAUUUACAAACUCCAUCCCCUCUCUUUGUGGCUUUAUCUUUUCUUUCUCUCUUUUUAUAUAUGUAUGGACGUCUUCUCUGUCUUUCUUUCCCUUUCUGUCUCUGUGUUCCACUCCUGUAAGGAUUGAAAAGCAGUUACACAAGCUAGCUGUUCUUUUUGAAUAUCAUCUCUCUCCGUCUCUAUUUUUCUUUUUCUCUCUCUUCUCUUUCUCUCUCAUACGCGCACUCGCACGCACACAUAUUCCUCCCUCUUCUUACACUCCGUCUUACGUGACACUUCUCUCUUUCUUUCUUUCUUUCUUUCUUUCUUUCUUUCUUUCUUUCUUUUUUUUCACUCACUGGCUUUCUCUGUUUAACUCACAUUAG